AUGAGCAAGGCUGGGCAAUGUCUGAAAUCGGUUCUCUUGGAUUUGAUUCACAAGAGCAAUGGCUUGAGAUCCUUCAAGCAAAUUCAUGCGCAUCUAUUGACUUCUGCCCUUGUUGCCAAUGACUUGGUUAUUUCUAAAGCUGCAAUUUUUUUGGGAAAACAUGUUACAGAUGUUCAUUACCCUUGCAAUUUCCUGAAGCAAUUUGAUUGGAACUUGAGCUCUUUCCCUUGCAAUUUGCUGAUUUCUGGCUAUGCCUCUGGCCACUUACCCUGGCUUGCAAUCCUGAUUUAUAGAUGGACUGUUAGGAAUGGUUUUGUGCCUGAUGUGUACACUAUCCCAGCAGUUUUGAAAUCUUGUGCUAAGUUUUAUGGGAUUGUAGAGAUUAAACAGUUUCAUUCCGUAGCUUUGAAGACUGGCUUGUGGUGCGACAUUUAUGUGCAAAACACUCUUGUCCAUGUGUAUUGCAUUUCUGGGGACACUGUUGGUGCUGGCAAGGUGUUUGAUGACAUGCUUGUGAGAGACGUGGUCUCUUGGACUGGCUUGAUAUCUGGGUAUGUCAAGGCUGGGUUGUUUAAUGAGGCCAUCGCAUUGUUUUUGAGAAUGGAUGUGGAACCUAAUGUAGCAACCUUUGUCAGCAUACUUGGGGCUUGUGGGAAAUUGGGUUGUUUAAAUUUGGGGAAAGGAAUUCAUGGGUUGGGUCUCAAAUGUCUGUUCUGGAAGGAGUUGGUGGUAUGCAAUGCUGUGUUGGAUAUCUAUAUGAAGUGUGAGUCUGUCACUGAUGGAAGGCAAAUGUUUGAUGAGAUACCUGAGAAAGAUAUUAUUUCUUGGACUAGUAUGAUAAGCGGGUUAGUGCAGUGCCAGUAUCCCAGUGAAUCGCUGGACUUGUUCUGCCAAAUGCAAGGCUCAGGUUUUGAGCCGGAUGGAGUUAUACUUACUGGUGUGCUUUCUGCUUGUGCCAGCCUUGGGCUUCUUGACUGCGGUAGAUGGGUCCAUCAGUACAUUGAUCAAUGCCGUAUCAAGUGGGAUGUUCAUAUAGGAACUACAUUGGUUGACAUGUAUGCAAAGUGUGGUUGUGUAGACAUGGUGCAGCGUAUCUUCAGUGGAAUGCCUUCUAGGAAUAUCCGUACUUGGAAUGCCUAUUGUUGAAAUGUCAAAUGUAAUAUUUAUUUAUGUUAGGAGGUGCCUAACUUGUCUAAGAGGUGCCUAACUUGUGUCUUUAGGAUGUGCCUAACUUAGGUUAGGAUGUGCCUAACUAUUAGGUUCAUAGUUCUAUAAAUAGGUAGUAUCUUGUAAUAAGUUUUAAGGAAGAAAUAUAGAUUUUAUGUUUUUCCA